AUGCUAUGCUAUAAAAUUGGAAGAAAGUACGAUCCAAGAAGCGCAUUAGCUCUACAAAGUUUUCAACCAUUUCCACCUCCAGCACCAUCUAUUCCACCAAUGUCCUUUUGGCAAUACAGUUGUAGUGAGCAGACUUCCACUGUAAAAAGUGAAAAGCCUUCUAUGCACACUGUGCCGUGCCUGACAACUAGUACAGCAUUGAAGAAAAGGAGGAAGAAAGUACUUAAGAGCGGUACUUAUCCUGUUUCAAAAAAUAAACCGCAGUUGUAUGUGGAUUACGCUGAAAUUAUUGAUAAAGAAGUAGGCGAAAUUGAAAAAGAAUCAGAAGAAGCAGGUGGGGCAGAUCGAGCUGAAAAAAGAAAUUUAAGGGCAUUUCUAGUACCUCGAAUCCGUCAAAUGCUCAAAAGCAAAAAAAUACGAAUGUUCAAAAAAAGGAUGAGGCAUUUAAGCUAUUCUGGUGAAGUGGGAAUAGUGCCACACCCAGUUCAAUAUGCCGAAAUAAAUAAUCUUGUGGAAAAAACAGAAUUAGAAAAAGGAGCGAAACGAGCGCCGGUGCCUCCUCCGGUCGCCGAACUGCUCCGGGCUGAAAAAGAGAGGAGAAGUAAGAUACAGCAUUCAGUAAGUUACUACAGUGGCAUGAAAACGAUAGAACGGUCAAUGCCGUAUGUAGAAGUAGAUGAGUUUUUUGAAGAUAUGCGGACAACGGGAAAAGUGGCCCCAACAGUUCCUUCAAUUAGUGCUUUAUUCUUAGCUAAAGAAAAGCGAAGACUUGAGAAAAUGAGUCGUCCAGCAAGUUACUGCAACAUGGCACGCAGUCUGAUGUCGCCGCAUGCUGAGAUUGUUGAGGAGCAGCAGAAAGAAAACGAAAAGAAGGGCAACAUAUCAGUACCACCAGUUAGAAGAAUACUCCAUGUGGGAGAAAAAAAAAAACUUCAGAAAAAUUCACAUUUUGAAAACUAUACUGGAUCAAUGAGUAAAUUUAAGCUAUCGCUGCCGCACACCGGGAGCGGAGUUAAAGAAAGAGAGGAAAAAAGUGAAAAACACAUUGAAAAAACUAUACCUUCUCAAAUAAAAGGGUUUCUUCAGACAGUGCAGAAGCAAAAAACACGCGAAGCAGAUCUUUUAUCUACCUCUACUGAUAAAGAUAAAUCAACAAAAGGUGUUGAAUCUCUUACUGAUGCAAGAAAACCAGUACCACCCCCAAUUGAUAAAUUAUUUAUUGCUAAAAGAAGACGAAGACUUGCAAAGCUCAGAUAUCAAAAAUCCUUCCCUUUUGUGUUUGACUGCUCAACAGACGUGCCAUUUUAUACGGAAGUCAGUGCAUGUGAAGGCGUUGAAGAGAUGGAUCAAAAAGAACAUACGGCUGCAGCGUCUGACAAACCUAGUGUUUUUCGUAAUGCGCACGAGAAAAGAAGAAUUACUGAUAUGAAACGGUGGGUUUUUAGUCUUCGGAAACCAAAGAGUGUAUCACCAAUAACUGAAGCUAUUAAUAUCACCGACGAAGCAGUCAACGCACUCAGUGGCAGUGUUAAAGACACAGAAACAGAAGAAGGUUAA